CGCUAGAUGUCGCCCUCCUCUCAGCACUGCACCACUUGUCUGUUUUCUGAACUCUGACCUCAGUGCUUGUGUCUUGUGUUAAUUCGAGGAGGAUUUUGCGCGUUAUAAAAUGAAAGUAUUCCUGCAGAUUAAUGGAUUGUCAGUGCUGUUUUAGUAGCUUAGCAGCCGCUAUACUCUCCCUUCAAUACGAUUUAUGGACGCAGCAGGAUACUACUGUCAUAGGACAGUGACCUACAUGUGUUGCUCGGCGUCAGGAGUUGUUUUGCUACAUUAGCUAGCAAGUUAGCUGCUGGCUAGUCAGCCCAGCUAGCAGGCUUUGCUGCCGCUAACAGUGAUAAAGCAUCCGGUUUUACAAAGCAACGUAAAUCAGAUGACAGCCAAUCAACCAGUUCUUUCUGUAGGAGUUAUGACGGCCCUUCUGUCACAAUGUAUCCGAGGUCGGUUUUACCAGGUACUGGAACAAGCCUUCAUGAAGUACUGUAGUUCAUAACCACACUGAGCUAGCCAACCUGAGUUAGCCAGGUUACAGCUAACCGUUCCCACAUCAGCAUUUCAAGCAGCCGACACCGAAGAACGGUUCUGGACAAGCUAACCUGCCCCCCCCGUUAGUUAGCCAGGCUAACUAGGACAAUAUUUUCUACUGUUAGUAACGUUUCAAGCGACAAUGGCCAACGUUACAGACCUGCAGACGAAGUACAGCAAACUGGCACAGGAGUACUCCAAGCUCCGUGCCCAGAAUCAGGUGCUGAAGAAGGCAGUUGUGGAUGAACAGGCCAGCUCUGCCUCACUAAAGGAGCAGCUGAAGCAGAGGGACCAGAGCCUCAGGAAGCAGGAGCAGGAGAUGGACAGUCUCAGCUUUAGAAACCAGCAGCUGGCCAAGAGGGUGGAGCUGCUGCAAGAGGAGCUAGCUGCCAGUGAAGCAAAGGGCAAAAAGGGGAAGGGUAAGGGAGACUCUCCUUCACAGUAUGGCCUCCAGACCCAGAGUGUUUUUGAUGAGGAUCUGCAGAAAAAGAUAGAAGAGAAUGAGCGACUUCAUAUCCAAUUCUAUGACGCAAAUGAGCAGCACAGGAGGCAGGAGGCCGAGCUGAGAGCACGGCUGGAGGAGCUGGAGAAAGACUCCCAGCAGCACCAGGCUGUUGUAGACGGACUCACUACGAAGUACAUGGAAACAACUGAGCGGCUGCAGAGCGACAAGGCACGUUUAGAGGUGAAAGCACAAACUCUGGAGAGGGAAGCAAAAGAGUGCAUAGUGCGAGCAGAAGAGUGUCAGCAACAGUUGAGGCGUUGCCAGUCAGAGCUGAACAGACAAGUGAAACAAAGCAGCAGUGUUAUCCAGGAGAAAGUGCCCUUCAAUGACACUAAAUUUAGUGACUACAAUAGCCUAAAUGUACCACCACACAAUCGAAGGCACCAGCUUAAGGCUCGGGAUGUGUCAGGUCAGGCUCUGAGCUUUAUUCAGGACCUGGUAGCUGCUCUGUUGAACUUCCACUCCUACACAGAACAGAGAGUGCACAUCUAUCCCCUGGACUCCUCUAUUGAGCCUGUCUCCCCUCUUAACCAGAAGUUUUCCCAGUAUCUACAUGAGAACGCAGCAUAUGUGCGCCCUCUGGAGGACAGCUUUCUGCAGUUACACCAAAGCAUCACAGAGGACACUGUCACAGUACUGGAGACUGUGAUCAAGCUGAAGAGCUUUGCUGAUAACUUCUCCUCAUACACCCACUUUCUGCAAAAGAUUCUUCCCUACCAGCUGAAAAGCCUGGAAGAAGAGUGCGAGGCUCCUCUUUGCACUGCUGCCCUUACUGCAAAAAACCAAGAGCUGCAGAGUGACAUGAAGAGAGUAACGUCUGUGUUUGAAAAACUGCAGAACUACAUUAACCUCUUGGCCUUAGUCAGUGUUCAACAGGAUGCCAUGCCACACAGCAGCACCUCGGCUGUCUUCACCCAGCUGGCUGCCUGCCUACACAGUCUUCACGAUGCCAUUAAAGAGAUGUCAAAGCACUACAACCAGAAGGCCGGCUUAGAGCAGGAGCUCCCUACUGCCACCCAGAAGCUCUGUACCACCACAGAGUGCCUGCUGGGCUCUCUGGGAUCGCUGACAAUCAGUAUUGGCAAGAUCACCACUUUCUUCAGCAACAACUUGGACUUCUUCACAUCAUCAGGCUACAGUCCAAGAGGUAGCGCUUUAGGCCUUAACCCCUUGCAAGUGGAGAGUAUGCUGGCUAACAAAAAGAAAGCAGCCGCCUAUAUCCAUGCUAUCCAAAAGCCCAGGCCAAAGUCUGUUCCGUAUAGAGAAGCUCUGACAAACCGUCGUAUACUUACCAGCUCAACAGAGAGCAGGGAGGGUCUGACUCAACAGGUGCAGCAGAGCCAGGAGAAGAUUGCUCGUCUGGAGCAGGAGAAAGAACACUGGCUCCUGGAGGCCCAGCUGGGGAAGGUGCGGUUGGAAAAGGAGAAUCAGCGCAUUGCAGACCUCGAAGUGCAGCUCGCAGCAGCGCUAGGAGGAAGUUCAAACUCUCCAACGGCUACAGUCAGCACUCUCGCAGAGAGCCAAGAGGAAGCAGAGACAGAACUGACAGCUGCAGGCAAAGAGAUGACGUUGUGCACCAGUCUGGUUGGCAUGUUGUGCACAACACCUACAGUUGCGCAUGUUGGAGACGAGGAGUCCAGGGAGCAGCUGAUAAAGACUCACUACAUGGCCAGAGUGGGAGAGCUCACCACACAGCUCCAGAUUUCAGACAGCAAAGCUGUGCACUUUCACUCUGAGUGUCGAGCACUGGCGAAGCGGUUAGCCAUAGCGGAAAAUUCACGGGAGGCUCUGAGCGAGGAGAUCAAACUGGCUAAUCAGAACAUCACGCGCCUGCAGGAUGAGCUGGCUACAACUAAGAGGAGCUAUGAAGACCAGCUGAGCAUGAUGAGCGAUCACCUGUGUAGUAUGAAUGAGACUUUGAGCAAACAAAGAGAGGAGAUUGACACGCUCAAGCUGGGCAGCAAGGGAAAUGCCAAGAAGAACAAAGGUCGCUAGAGCGGCCCUCAAAACUCUGGCUCCAUUUGGCAACACAAAGGGUAUCUGGACUGUGGAGCCUCGCAGCAGCACCCUGGUACCAACACCACCACCACUGUCACUAAACCAUAGGAUGUGGCUACAUGAGCCUCAGAUUCCUCCACUGUCAGGAGGUGGCAGUACAAAUGAACUGAACAGAGGCUUGAACACGUUUGACUGAAGAAGCUUCUUUUUCCAUUUUCCUUGUUACAACACCACUUAGAACAUGAUUUGAUAAAAAUGCUUUCUGAAACUGUACCAAAAGCUGCUGCUUGACCUUCUGGCCGAAGCAGGGUGGGAGCAAAACAGGUUAUUCCUAAAAGGGACAGAGGAGGUAGUAUGUAAUGAUUGAAGGUAGUGACUGAAGUCAAGACUGGAAGACCAAACCCUGCUGAUCAGUGUGUGUGUGUGCAUUUCCUGCUUAAUGUAUGUGAGGGAAAAUGAAACUGUGCAUUCUUACUGCUUAUAUAUAGGAGCAGGCAAACAGAGUAAAUGCUGGCGUGGCUGUGCGUGUGUGCAGUGUUGUCUUAUUGCAUGACUGUGGCGGCAGACUUCACAAUAGGUGAAUAUUGUUUUACAUAUAGAUAUUUUUAGAUCAAAUUUGGGGUUAUUUGUGUGUGUGUCCCCAUACAGCAUAAUAAUCCUUCUAACAUGCAUUUAUCACAAGCCUCUGUGAAGGGCUGUAAAUCCUGAACGAACUACUAACAAAGACACACAUUCUGGAAAAAUUUCAGUCCUCUGGGAGUAGAAAAAAAAAGAAAAGAUGUCUGCCUUGGAGCAGAUUAACUGUGUUUACCUAGAUGAAAAGGGAAGGACGGACAAGUCCGAGCUUGUAAACUGGUGUCAGUCUGUUUCUGUGAAGUUCCUCUGUAACAAUAGUUGUUUUUAUCACCAAAGUGAGUGUUGAUGUGCGCUCAGAAGCCUGGUGUAGCAGAACUAUCUAAACUCAUGUUUGUAAUAUGUGUGGAUAAAAAGGGUUCAUGUGAAUAUACACUCAUUUUUUGAAAUCAUGAUAUUAUUGUACUAUAAUAUUGUACACAAAAGCAUUUAUUCAGAGGUCACAGACCUCUAUUUUCCAUAGAAUAUGGAAAACUGAAUCUGUAGCUAGUUUUUUUUUGUCUCCCCUAUAAGGCCUGAUUGCUGGGAAGUACCACAGAGGGGUUGGCAUAGACUGUAACUGGUGCUUAGAUGACCUGAUUUAUGAGUCAUGGCAGAAUGAAGUUAAUAUUUAACA